UCCUUCCUGCACCGUCUGUCACUACGAUACGUCCUCUUUCUCCGCCGAACUCCCUUAUCCUGCGCACCAACCCCAUUUUCUUUACCAUUCUCAUUCUACUUCUUCUAGGGCUAGGGCAUUCUUCCACUUCCCCUCCUCCAAUUCUCCUUCCAUAAUUCUCCAUGCCCUUCCCAGAACUAGGGUUUCAUCUUCUUCGCUCACCAGCUUCGCUCUCACCUUUUCACACCGCACAUGGACCACCGGAAGCAAUCCAAGGACUCACCCUCGUACUCGGACCUUUUCAAUCUUGAGACUUUGAUGAGCUUUCAACUUCCAGAACCACAUGACAUCUUUGAUUAUUAUGAGAACAGUAGUCAGGAUGAGAGUAGAGGAAGCCGAGGUGGGGCAGUUGCAAACAAAGGUAAUGGACUGAUGUCUGAAAGGGAAUUAAGCUCAUUGAAGAAGAGAAGGCGGUCUCAGAACGGUGACUACGAGGACGAGGACAGUUACUACAACAGAAACAUUACAGAGGAGAGAUAUAGAUCAAUGCUUGGAGAUCACAUUCAGAAGUACAAGAGGAGGCUCAAGGACUCCUCGGCCAGUCCUGCCCCACCCAGGAUGGGAGUCCCAGCUCCGAAGAGUAAUGUGGGUUUGAAAGCUAGGAAAUUGAAGAAUGAUCAACGAGGAGGGUUUCUUGAAUCGGAAACCACACCUGAGUGGCACAAUUAUGCUAAUCAUCCCAAACCAGGGAAUUACCAUGAAGCAGAUUUUACACCACAAAAUGGCUCUGAUAGAGCAACAUAUGAGCCUCCUUAUUUGGAGAUUGGGGAUGGUAUCACGUACAGGAUCCCUCCAACUUAUGACAAGCUGGCGGCAUCUUUGAACUUGCCAAGCUUUUCUGAUAUUCGAGUGGAUGAAAUUUACUUAGAAGGUACAUUGGAUUUAGGGUCACUAGCAGAAAUGAUGGCGACUGAUAAAAGGUUUGGGCCUACAAACCGGGCAGGGAUGGGGGAGCCCCAUCCCCAGUAUGAUUCACUUCAUUCAAAAUUGAAGUCGCUUGCUGCUUCUAACUCAGCUCAGAAUUUCAGUCUCAAAGUUUCUGAUGUUGGGUUGCAUUCUUCCAUCCCCGACGGGGCAGCCGGAAAUAUAAAACGGUCUAUUUUGUCUGAGGGUGGUGUUUUACAGGUCUACUAUGUUAAAGUUCUAGAGAAAGGCGAUACAUAUGAGAUAAUUGAAAGAAGCUUGCCUAAAAAGCAAAAGGUGAAGAAAGAUCCUUCUGUGAUUGAGAGGGAGGAAAUGGAGAAAAUUGGAAAAGUAUGGGUCAAUAUUGUAAGAAGAGACAUGCCAAAGCAUCAUAGGAAUUUUACAGCUUUUCAUAGGAAGCAACUAAUUGAUGCCAAGAGGGUUUCAGAAAAUUGUCAAAGAGAGGUGAAAUUGAAAGUGAGUAGAUCACUUAAAUUGAUGAAGGGUGCUCCGAUUCGCACAAGGAAGAUAGCUAGGGACAUGCUGCUUUUCUGGAAGAGAGUGGAUAAGGAGAUGGCAGAAUUGAGGAAAAAGGAGGAAAGAGAAGCUGCUGAAGCCCUAAGGCGUGAGCAGGAGCUUCGAGAAGCAAAGAGGCAACAACAAAGGCUGAAUUUUCUUAUUCAACAAACUGAGCUAUACAGCCACUUCAUGCAGAACAAGUCGAGCACUCAGCCAUCUGAAACUACACUUAUGGGGGAUGAGGAAACCAAUGAACAAGAAGAGCAUAUUAUCUCUGUUGAUGCAGGGAUGGUUGAGGAAGAUGAUCCUGAAGAGGCUGAACUAAAGAAAGAGGCCUUGAAAGCUGCGCAAGAUGCAGUUUCUAAGCAGAAAAAACUGACAAGUGCAUUUGAUAAUGAAUGUAUGAAGCUGCGGCAAACUAGUGAACCUGAGGCUCCACAGGAGGUUGCAGGAGCUAGUAACAUAGAUCUACUCCAUCCUUCCACCAUGCCAGUGACAUCAACUGUUCAAACACCACUGUUGUUUAGAGGCACCCUUAAAGAAUAUCAGCUGAAAGGUCUUCAGUGGCUGGUCAAUUGUUAUGAGCAGGGUUUGAAUGGCAUUCUUGCUGAUGAGAUGGGCCUUGGAAAGACCAUUCAGGCUAUGGCAUUUUUGGCUCAUCUAGCGGAAGAUAAAAAUAUAUGGGGACCUUUUCUUGUUGUUGCUCCUGCAUCUGUAUUGAACAACUGGGCAGAUGAAAUUACCCGCUUUUGCCCUGACUUGAAAACUCUUCCAUAUUGGGGUGGGCUUCAGGACCGUACAGUUCUGAGGAAAAAAAUCAACCCGAAGACACUAUACCGCAGGGAUGCUGGGUUUCACAUUCUUAUCACCAGCUAUCAGCUACUUGUUUCUGAUGAGAAGUACUUUCGGCGGGUGAAAUGGCAAUAUAUGGUGUUGGAUGAAGCCCAAGCAAUUAAAAGUUCAAACAGUAUAAGAUGGAAGACACUGCUUAGUUUUAAUUGCCGAAAUAGGCUUCUGCUUACUGGAACUCCAAUCCAAAAUAAUAUGGCAGAGUUGUGGGCCUUACUACAUUUCAUUAUGCCAACCUUAUUUGAUAGUCACGAACAGUUUAAUGAGUGGUUUUCUAAAGGAAUUGAGAGCCAUGCAGAACAUGGUGGUACUUUGAAUGAGCACCAGCUUAACCGAUUGCAUUCAAUAUUAAAACCUUUCAUGCUACGUCGAGUUAAAACAGAUGUAGUUUCAGAGCUUACCAGGAAAACAGAGAUCACAGUGCACUGCAAAUUGAGUUCACGACAACAAGCUUUUUAUCGAGCUAUCAAGAACAAGAUUUCUCUUUCCGAGUUAUUUGACAACAAUCGUGGACAACUUAAUGACAAAAAACUCCUUAAUUUAAUGAAUAUUGUCAUUCAGCUAAGGAAGGUCUGUAAUCAUCCAGAGUUGUUCGAAAGGAGUGAGGGAAGCACAUAUCUCUACUUUGGUGAGAUUCCCAUCGCCCUUUUGCCUGCCCCCUUUGGGGAAUUGGAGGAUGUACACUACUCAGGAGGUCGCAAUCCUAUAAUAUUCAAGAUUCCAAAACUUGUCCACAAAGAAUUUAUUCAGAAGUAUGACACAUCUAACUCAGCACAGUGCAGUGUCCGUAGAGAAUUUUUGGAGAAAUAUUUUAAUAUAUAUUCCCCAGAAAAUGUUUAUCAAUCAAUUUUCACAAAUGAGAACAGCUCAAAUUCAUCUCUUAAGAGCGGAACCUUUGGUUUUACUCGCCUGACGGAUCUGUGCCCAGCUGAGGUUGGGUUUCUGGGAACUAGUUCUUUUAUGGAGCGGCUCUUGUUUUCUCUUACGAGAUGGGACCGACAAUUUUUGGAUGAAAUGAUAGACUUAUUUAUGGAAACCAACCAUGAUGAUUCUGAAGUCAAUUACCUUGAGAGUGGAAAAGUGAGAGCUGUUACACGAAUGUUGCUGACACCAUCAAAAUCUGUAACAAAUUUCCUUCAGAAGAAAUUUGCUACUGGUCCUGGUGAUACUCCCUUUGAGGCUUUAGUUGUUUCUCAUGAAGACAGGCUUUUAUCAAACAUCCGGCUUCUCCAUUCAACAUACACAGUCAUCCCUAAAACUAGAGCUCCACCUGUCGACGCUCACUGCUCUGAUAGAAAUUUUGCUUACAAAAUGACUGAUGAACAACAUUCCCCAUGGAUCAAGAGGUUGCUUGUUGGCUUUGCACGGACAUCUGAGUUUAACGGGCCCAGGAAGCCAAAUGCUCCUCAUCAUUUAAUACAAGAAAUUGAUUCUGAAUUACCUAUUUCACAACCCGCUCUUCAAUUGACUUACAAUAUUUUUGGGUCUUCUCCUCCCAUGCAAAGCUUUGACCCAGCAAAAUUACUAACAGAUUCUGGAAAACUUCAAACACUAGAUAUAUUGUUGAAACGCUUGCGAGCAAAUAAUCACCGGGUUCUUUUAUUUGCUCAAAUGACAAAGAUGCUGAAUAUUCUUGAGGAUUACAUGAACUACAGAAAGUAUAAAUAUCUCAGACUUGAUGGAUCCUCCACUAUAAUGGAUCGCAGAGACAUGGUCAGGGACUUUCAGCAUCGGAAUGAUAUUUUUGUGUUCUUGCUAAGUACAAGAGCUGGUGGACUUGGAAUUAAUUUGACAGCUGCAGAUACUGUCAUAUUUUAUGAAAGCGAUUGGAAUCCCACUUUGGAUUUACAGGCAAUGGAUAGAGCUCACAGAUUGGGUCAGACGAAAGAUGUCACUGUCUACCGACUAAUUUGUAAAGAAACAGUUGAAGAGAAGAUUCUCCAGAGAGCGAGUCAAAAAAAUACUGUUCAGCAGCUUGUCAUGACGGGUGGUCAUGUUCAGGGUGAUCUCUUGGCACCUGAGGAUGUUGUUUCAUUACUCCUGGAUGAUGCCCAGUUGGAGCAAAAAUUAAAAGAAAUUCCACUGCAGCAGGCAAAGGAUAGACAAAAGAAAAAACAAACCAAGGGUAUACGGGUAGAUGCAGAAGGUGAUGCAUCUUUGGAAGAUUUAGCAAAUAAUGUACCUGAGGCAGCUGGACAUGAGGAUUCUCCAGAUCCGGAGAAAACCAAACCCACUAACAAAAAGAGAAAACCUGUGCAAACUUCAAAAUCGAGGAAUGCCCAAAUGACAGAUGAACUUAACACAAUGUCAAUGGACUUUGGUUUGGAUGAUGCCCAACAAAAUACAGAUUCAUUAGCAACGAAAUCUAAGAGACCGAAGAGGCCAAAGAAGAGUGUAAAUGACAACCUUGAGCCAGCUUUUGUAGUCACAUCCGCAGUUCCAGAGCAGAGCCAAUAUCCAUCUUCAUUGCAAACCAUCAGUUCCAGCAGUGCUGUACCACAAACAGGCGAAGAUUUCUCCACGCACGGGAAUUCAUUUACUUGAGACCAGAAGCCCCGAAUCAUUUGAUAAAGCUCGGCCCCAGUAUUUGUUGAUGGGGAGGCUGUUGAGUGAAUAGUUUUCAGGUCUCAUUUCCGAAGGGUUACCAUGGGAAUAUGCUAGGGAAAAGAAAGUGUGCUCCGUGUUAGUUUUGUAAAUAUAUUAGCUCUAUUAAUCGAUCUACUGUCCAUGAAAUUAGAGAGUUAGGGUAUAGAUGGAAUCACUCUACUCUAGCAAUUUUUGGCUGUACGAGCUAUUAUUCUAUGUUCUAUUCUUGAAUUGAAGAGGCCUGGUUCAGGGAACUGUGAUGGCAAUGAUAUGCUGGCAAGCAAAUACCAGCCUUCUCCAUCUUGUAGUUUUAGGUACAUUCAUGUAAAAGAUGUCAUAUUUUUAUUCAAAUGUAAUAAUGAAAAAUAUAAGGUUUUCUUCCA